AACAGCGGAAUACGAGGGCCAAAUCGAAAAAAUCACUUCGCCUCCGCCCUCCAGGCUUCCUCGGCUGCUCGCACCCCCACCCAGCGGUGCCUCCGUGCCGUCUCCCACCGCUGCUCGGGCUUCCCGCCGCACAGCCCGGCUUGCCUCCGCCACUCCGUUUCCCGCCGCACCGCCAUCCGAAUCCGCCGCAGCCUGCUCCCUGCUAUCAAGCCACGUUGCCUCGCUCAUCUUCCGCCGCCGCAGGGAUACAGAGGAGAGAGAGAGAGAGGGAGAGAAAAGAUGUCAUCGAAGAAGAACUACUAUAAGGAGAAGUUGAUGCGGCGGAAAGAGGAGAAAAAAGAAGAGCCAGAGACACCCAGGUACCGCGAUCGUGCUAAGGAGCGGCGUGAAGAUCAAAACCCAGAUUAUGAACCUACAGAACUUGGUUCGUUUCAUGCAGUGGCACCUCCUGGGAAUGAUUUGAGGCUGGCAGAUGCUCACAAGAUCUCAAUUGAGAAAAGCAAAUAUCUCGGAGGUGAUUUGGAGCAUACACAUCUGGUCAAGGGCUUGGACUAUGCUCUACUUCAUAAAGUACGGAGUGAAAUUGAAAAGAAACCUGAGGCAGAGGAUGGGAAGGAUACAAAGUCAAGGGCAGCAAAAGAAGAUCAGGCAGUCUCCUUCCGCACCGCAACUGCAAAGUCUGUGUACCAAUGGAUCAUAAAGCCUCAAAGCAUAAUUAAAGAGAAUGAAUUGUUUCUUCCUGGCCGGAUGUCAUUUAUUUACAACAUGGAGGAGGGAGUAACCAAUGAUAUUCCAACAACUCUUCAUAGGAGCAAAGCUGAUUGUCCAGUUCCAGAGGAGAUGGUAACUGUCAGUGUGGAUGGUUCAGUACUUGAAAGAAUUGCUAAAAUUAUGACAUACCUUCGGCUUGGAUCAUCAGGGAAGGUCUUGAAGAAAAAGAAAAAGGAGAGAGAUAUAAAAGGGAAGAGCAAUUUGGCAAGUGGUGACUAUGGCGAGUCAGUAAAACCUUCCCAAACUAAUGGUUCUACUCUGAAACAUCAAUCAGAUAUGCCACCACCACCGGCUCCACCCCCUCGGAACAAUAAUUUCAAUGGGAAGGAGAAACAACCAGUCCCUGUUUCUAGAGAAGAUGAUGAUGACAUUUUUGUUGGAGAUGGAGUUGACUAUUUAGUUCCUAACAAGGAAAUGAGUCAGAGCCCUGUCUCUGAUAUGGAUGAAUCCCCACAUAACCAUCAGAAGCAGUCCAAUUUCACUGAACCGCUGUAUGGCCCAGUUCCACCAUCUGAAUCUGCUCAAGCUUGGCAACAACCGAACACGUACGAUGCUGCUGUUCAAGCUCAGAUGGCAGCUGCUGGAUAUCAAGGUGACUGGUCAAGCUAUGUGUAUGCGGAACAGCAGUUGGGUUAUCCAGAACAGUAUGUGCAGCAAAGCACCCAGGAAUACGAUGUGUUAGCGGACCCUAGUAUAUCCCAGGAUCCGAGGUUCAUGACUCAGGCGGACAAGGAUCGGGGUUUAGGUUCUGUUUUCAAACGUGAUGAUCAAAGGCUUAAUCAGCUGAGGGAAAAAGAUGCACGGGAGAGAGAUCCAAAUUUUAUUUCAGAUAGUUACUCAGAGUGUUAUCCUGGGUACCAGGAGUAUAAUAAUGAGAUUGCAGGAAGCGAUGAUGAAGAUGAUUUAUCGAAGAUGGAUAUGGGUGGACGGGCAAAGGGCCGUCUUCACAGGUGGGACUUUGAGACUGAAGAGGAGUGGGCCAAGUACAACGACCAGAAAGAAGCCAUGCCAAAGGCUGCCUUCCAGUUUGGGGUGAAGAUGCAGGACGGCAGGAAGACGAGGAAGCAGAACAAGGACCAGAAGCUCACUAAUGACCUCCACAAGAUCAACAAGAUCCUGGCUAGGAAGAAGGGCGAGAAAGAUGGGGCGGAAGAUGGCGGUCACUACGACGAUGAUUUACCUAGCUCGAAGAAACAGCGUGGCUGAAGCUGUCAUUUUUCGUUUCUCCUGCUGGUUAUGGCAUUCUACGGGAGAGUUACGAUGGUGUUUAGCUGGCAGCUGUAUCAUGAUGCUUUCAUUUAAGGUGGCAUCAGGACAUAAUACAUGUCAAAAACUUUACAACCGUGGUCGAUAUUUUAACAGGAACAGAAUGAUCCUUGGUGAUUUUGUUUGUCUUGUAAGACAUAUCGAAAUUGUAUAAAAUGUCAAAAAUCUAAAAUCU